GUGCAGUGUGAGCUGGUGCAAAAAGCUGUCUGUGCUACGAGGAAGACCACAGAAUGCCUUGAAAUGGAGAACAACAGAGAGGACUUUCGGUUUGAGGAGCCAUCUAAAGCACCGCUCCACCAUACAGUAGCUUUCAUAGAACAGGUGUUAGUGCCUAUUCUAAGCAAUAAGGAAAACCAUACUUCCUGGCCAGGCUGUGUUUCUCAAGAUGUGGAGCAUCAUCUGGGUAUCAUGAAAAAUAAAACACGUAUUAUGAAAGGUCUGAUGUCAGGAAGUACUCGUCUUCCCAUUCCCACAAUUGCAGCAAAGACUGACUUGCAUCAAAUAUAUGCCGAAAAUAAACAAGAUCCUAAUUCCAGGGCAGUACUACAUGCCAUUGAACCAAUGGUUAUUAGGUGGUCACAUCAGAUUCAUGACGCUGUAAGUAGAGAUUCUGCCGAACCUCUUCUGCGUGGCCUUCAUCCACACCCUCAAACUGAGCUGAUCUUCUGGAAAGCAAGAAGAGACAAUCUUUUCUAUAUAAAUAAGCAACUUCAGAGUCCUGUUGUUCAAAAAAUGAUUAAGAUCUUAAAAGUCAAAGAAAGCAGCUAUUAUCCUGCUUCUGAGGACAUUUUCAAGGAAGUAGAAGAUGCCCUUUUAGAAGCCCAAGAUAUUGUUCUGUAUCUGAGACCUCUGGAAAAAUACAUUCAGCUCUUUCGGGCAAUAGAAUUCCCAAAGAUCCAUAAUUUAAUCUCACCUUUAUUUCACACCAUCUGCCUGAUAGGAAGCCACUCCGAGUUCUACAGCGUGCCUGCAUGAAUAGUAGUUCUGCUGCAGGAAUUAUGCAAUCUGCUUAUUGACCAGUCUAGGUUAUGUCUUUCACCAGAAAAUCUUUUCAAAGGAGAACCUGAAGAAGCAUUGGAGCAUGUGAAAAUAGCUAAAACAACCUUAAAAAGCUUUAAGGAUUCAUUCUUUAGUCACAGAAACAAAUUGGAGAGUUACUUCACCUGUGGCAAGGAAUUUAAACCAUGGGAUUUCAGAUCUGAGAUGUUGUUUUCCAGAUUUGAUAUGUUCCUCAACCACUUACUGAAGAUUGAGAUAUUAUUUAUCAUCUAUGAAAUUUUCAUUAACAUGUUGGAAUUUCAAAAACUGGAAAAGCUGGAGUUUGGUGGAAUCAAAGGGAAAAUUUUAAGUAAGCAAGUCUGCAGAAUGAAUGAAGAGUUUCUGGAAAGCUGUGAAGUUUUCAGAAAGAGAACAUAUGAUCCUUCAGAUUACAGUAACAUGGAGUUUAAAGAUAAUUAUACUGAAUUUAAAGCCAAAACUCUGGAUCUUGACAGUUGCCUUGCCUCAGUUCUUUGUGUAGGAUUUCAUGACUGUUCAGGUUUGGAAUCCAUGUUCAAGCUUUUAACUAUUUUUGGAAGCUUUCUAAAAAAACCUGUCAUCGUGGAGAUAUUUAGCCCAAAUUACAAUAUUUUAAUGGAAAUGUUUUCUGAAGAACUGAAUAACUGCAGAUGUAUACAUGAUGAACACAUUAAAAAGGCAGAAGAAGGGAAUGAAAUAAUUAACACAAAUAUGCCAGUUACUUCAGGAAACCUUAAAUGGUCUGAAGAACUGAAGGAACGAAUACAGACGUUUUGGUCCUACCUCUCAUCUCUGCCUCACUUAGGCUUAGAAAGUCCAGAAGUUGCUUUUAUUUCUCAGAAAUAUGUGGAGAUGUUGAAAUUCCUUGACCAAUAUGAAGAUCAGACCUACUGUGAAUGGAAAGUUCAGGUGGAUGAAAUUUGUCAGUUUAAUUUAGACCAGACUCUAAUUAAGUGUAAUCCUGAAAACCGCCUCCUGAGUGUGAAUUUUCAUCCUAAGCUUGUGGCUUUAUUGAGAGAGGUGAAGUAUGGCUUGAUGUUGAACCAGCCCAGUAUUCCAGAUUCUGCUUUAGCUAUAUACGAGAAAAGGAACAAUUUUGCAAAGUGUAUUGGAGAUCUUGAACUUGCCGUUCAGCUGUACAACGGACUAAUGCAGACUACUCUGGAGGUAGAAUAUCCUCUGAUUGAAAAAGAGCUGAGAACUAUUGAUGACCAGCUGAAAGAAGCAGAAGAAAUAUGCACGUGGCAGGCGACAACCUGCUGGGACUGCAGCAAACAAGUGAAAACGUCUAUCUGUGAUUUGGACAGAGUUCAACAAUCAAAGGACAAUGUUAGAUCAAUCCAGGGAAUUAUAAAUGCUUGGAUGGAACAUGCCCUCUUUUUCAGGAAAGGUAAAAAAGAAGCUCUGUUGUACCUGGAUGACAAAGGAGAAAGACUUCCUAAAAUAUACAAAAUGCUGCAAGAAGAUAGCUACCAGAUCCAUCGUCUUGUUGAGAGAGAUUUAAAGCUCUUCAAAGCAGAUUCCUCCUCAGUCUCUUGGAAGAUUUUUAUAGAGUACAUUGAUGACAUUGUGGUCGAUGGUUUAUAUAACGCCAUAAUGCGUUCUUUAGACUUCUUUUUGAAGAACAUAGAAGAAAAUUUGAAGCCAGCUCCUCUUUUUCAAGCACAAAUGAUCCUUAAUAGCACAGAGAUUCAAUUUAAACCUUCUCUAGAUAAAGAGGCUGGUGAUGGUUUUUGUGACCUUGUAGAUGAACUCCUGAGUGAUGUUUUCCGAGUGUCUGCCCAGGUGAAAAGGGUAGCAGCACAUCUGGGAUCAGAACAUUACCAGAAUGAUAUGGACGACAUGUUUGAUCUGUCUGAAAUCAGGCAGGAUAUGAUGGAGAGAGUGGCAAAUGUAACCAACAAAGCCUUGGAGUAAAGAAAAUCUCUUGCUAGCUACGCGUCUCUCUGGCUGGAGGACCGGUCUCAGUUUAUGAAGCAGUUCCUUCUCCAUGGUAGUGGUUUAGCAUCAAGAAAGAUGCCUCUUACUGACAAAGUCUCUCGACAGCCUCCCGCUAUUAAACUGUUUAAAGAGCAGAUUGACAUCUAUGAAAAUCUUUAUGUUCAGAUAAGCAAGUUUGAAGACUCGAAAAUUUUUGACAGUUGGUUUAAAGUAGAUAUGAAGCCUUUCAAAAUGAGCUUGCUAAACAUUAUUAAGAAAUGGAGCUGGAUGUUUAAGGAGUAUCUCUUGCUUUCUCUUUUUGUUAGUCUGACUGACUUAAAAGAAUUUAUAAAAGUGACAGAUGCUGGACUCCAAAGAGAGGUGACCGAGGGAGAUUAUUGUGUGCUGGUAGAAAUCAUGGGCCAUCUCUUGGCUGUGAAAGAGAGGCAGACAACUGCUGAUGAACUCUUUGAACCGUUAAAAGAAGUGGUUGCACUGUUAGAAAGUUAUGGACAGAAGAUGCCAGGCGAAGUUUAUGCCCAGUUAGAGGAAUUGCCUGAAAAAUGGAAUGCUGUUAAGAAGAAAGCUGCUUUGGUAAAGCACAAAGUAACUCCUCUUCAGGCCUCUGAAGUUGUAGUUAUCAGAAGAAAAUGCACUUUGCUUCAUGGGAAGCAGAUGGAAUUCAGAGAAAGAUUUAAAAAGGAAGCUCCCUUUCAGUUGGGCGCAGAAAAUGCCUAUGCUCAUCUUGACAAGGCAAAUCAAGAGCUCGAGAUGUUCGAAAAAGAAAUAUUACUAAUGCAGGAAUCUGCAAAACUAUUUGAAGUAGCUAUUCCAGACUACAAGCAAAUGAAACAAUGUCAAAAAGAAGUGCAGUUGCUCAAGAAAGUUUGGGAUAUUAGUGUUUAUAUUAAUAGCAGCAUUGAUGAUUGGACUAAAACCCAGUGGAGACAGAUUAAUGUGGAACAGAUGGAUGUGGAGCUCAGAAGCUUUGCCAAGGAAAUGUGGUCUUUGGAUAAAGAAGUUUGUUCCUGGGAUGCAUAUAGAGACUUGGAGUUAAAGGUGAAGAACCUGAUGUCAUCAUUGAAAGUGGUAUUGGAGUUGCAAAAUCCUGCAAUCAGAGAGAGACACUGGUACCAGGUCAUGAAUGUGACAGGAGUCAGGCUUUUAGUAGCAGAAGAUACCACCUUGGGAGACCUUCUGGGACUCCAGCUUCAUAAAAUAGAAGAUGAAGUCCAAAGCAUAGUUGACAACGCUGUGAAAGAGUUGGGUACUGAGAAGGUUUUGGCAGAAAUCAGCCAAACAUGGACUGCCAUGGAAUUUUCUUACGAAGAGCAUCACAGGAGUGGAGCUGCUUUAUUAAAGUCAGAUGAGCAGCUGCUCGAAAUGUUAGAUAACAAUCAAGUUCAGCUGCAAAUGAUUCUGAAAAGUAAAUAUGUGGCAUAUUUCAUUGAACAAAUGAAAGGUUGGCAAAAUAAAUUAAACAUGGCAGAUUCUAUCAUUUCCAUUUGGAUGGAAGUUCAACACGUGUAGUUUCAUCUAGAAAGUAUUUUCACUAGCUCUGAAGAUCUCAGAAGCCAGCUGCCUGAAGAUGCAAACAGAUUUGAUGAAAUCAACAGACACUUCAAAGAGUUGGUGACUGACACAGCAACUACAAAAAAUGUGAUGGAAGCUACAACCAAGCCAAAGGUGUAUGAAAAAUUUGAAGCCUUGUGGCACAGACUUUCUCUUUGUGAAAAAACUUUGGCUGAAUAUUUGGAAACCAAGUGCAUAGCUUUUCAUCGCUUCUAUCUUGUUUCUUCAGCAGACUUGCUAGACAUCCUCUCAAAAGGAACACAGCCAAAACAGGUGGCCCAUCAUCUUACCAAACUUUUUGACAACAUCGCUGAUCUUAAAUUUCAAGAGAAUAUAGAGGAGUCUAUAAAUACUGCCCUUGGGAUGUACAGCAGAGAAAAGGAGUAUGUUCCAUUCCAUGAAGAGUGUGAAUGCAGUGGUCAGGUAGAGUCUUGGUUGCAACAUCUUGAGGAAACUGCACACGAAACAGUGUGCCUCUGCAGCAUGGAGGCAAUACUAGCCUGUGAAGAGACGCAGAGAGAACAGUGGAUUUUUGACUACCCAGCCCAGGUUGCACUUACGGGUUCACAAAUCUGGUGGGUUUCAGAUGUAGAAAACGCAUUUGGUAGGCUGGAAGAGGGCUUGAUGAAGGAUUGCCACAAGAAGCAGGUCACUCAACUAAAUGCUCUUAUUACCAUGCUGCUUGGAGAACUUUCCUCGAGUGAUCGACAGAAAAUCAUGACCGUUUGCACCAUAGAUGUUCACGCUAGAGAUGUAGUAGCAAGCCUUGUAGCUCAGAAGGUCACCAGUUCCUGAGCUUUUGCUUGGCUCGCACAGCUACGCCAUAGACAGGACGAUGCCCAGAAACACUGUUUUGCCAUCUACGAUGCUCAAUUUCAGUACUUUUAUGAGUACUUGGGAAAUACCCCUCGGCUAGUUAUUACACCUUUGACUGACAGGUGUUACAUUACACUAACUCAGUCUCUCCACCUAACAAUGAACGGUGCUCCUGUGGGACCAGCCUGCACAGGUAAGACAGAGACCACCAAAGAUCUAGACCAUGCCCUUGGGAUGAUGGUGUACAUCUUCAUCUGCUCCGAGCAGAUGGAUUACAAGUCUGUAGGAAAUAUCUAUAAAGGUUUGGUCCAGACAGGAGCUUGGGGGUGCUUUGAGGAAUUCAAUUGCAUCUCGGUAGAAGUUCUAUCAGUGGUGGCAGUACAAGUAAAGACUAUCCACAAUGCCAUUAGGAACAAGAAAAAGAAAUUUUUAUUCCUUGGUGAAAACAUUACAUUGAAGUCAUCAGUUGGAAUAUUUAUUACCAUGAACCCUGGAUAUGCAGGUCGGACAGAACUACCUGAAAAUCUCAAAGCUCUGUUCAGACCCUGUGCCAUGGUUGUCCCUGAUGUUGAACUCAUCUGUGAAAUUAUGUUGGUUGCUGAAGGGUUUAUUGAUGCAUACCUUUUAGCCAGGAAGUUUACCUUGUACACUCUCUGCAGGGAGCUGCUUUCUAAACAGACCAUUUAUGACUGGGGACUUCGUGCUAUCAAGUCAGUUUUGGUAGCUGCCGGCUCACUGAAACAGAGAGACAAGAACAGACCUGAGGAUCAGGUGCUUAUGCGAGCCUUAAGAGACUUCAAUUUCCCUAAAAUAGCGACAGAUGAUAUCCUAGUUUUCACGGGUCUGAUCAGUGACCUGUUUCCAGCUCUAGAUGUUCCGAGGAAGAGGAACCUGCAAUUUGAACAGAUGGUUAAAUGGUCUACCCUGGAGCUUCACUUGCAGCUUUAUUCUCAAAGUGUUCUCAAAGUUGUUCAGCUGGAGCAGCUACUGGCGGUGCGUCACUCUGUGUUUGUCAUUGGAAAUGCAGGGGCUGGAAAGAGUAAGGUGUUUUACAUUGUAUUGCUGAAAGUUCUGCAUCACAACUAUGUUAACAUGAAACAAAAGCCUGUUUGGAAUGACCUUAACCCAAGAGCUCUGACAGCUGAUGAACUGUUUGGGUUUAUGCACUGUGCAACCCAAGAAUGGAAAGAUGGUCUCUUGUCAUCUCUUCUGAGAGAGCAAGCUAAUAUUACCCAUGAGGGGCCAAAAUGGUUAGUUUUAGAUGGGGAUAUAGAUCCUGUGUGGAUUGAGUCACUCAACACUGUUAUGGAUGAUAAUAAGGUUCUGACCCUUACAAGCAAUGAAUGUGUGCCUAUGACUCCAUCAAUGCGGCUGCUGUUUGAGGUACGCCAUUUAAGAGCUGCUACUCCAGCUACAGUAGCCAGAGCUGGUAUUCUCUGACUGAACACUCAGGACCUGGGGUGAAAUCCGUAUGUUGUCAUCUGGAUAGAAACAAGGAGAUACCAAUCUGAAAAGGCUAACUUGACUGUUCUCUUUGAUAAAUAUGUGCCUCCCUGCUUAGAACAGCUCAGAAUAAGAUUUAAAACUGUAACCCCUAUUUCUGAGAAUAGUAUGGUUCAGACACUCUGUUCUCUGCUGGAUUGUUUGCUGACCCCUGAAAAUGUGCCAGUGUAUUGCCCCAGAGAGCUCUAUGGGAUGUAUUUUGUCUUUGCUUGUGUUUGGGCAUUUGGUGGGGCGCUCUCUCAAGAUCAGCUUUCAAAUUACCAAGCUGAAUUCAGCUGCUGGUGGCUUAAGAAGAUGAAGGCAGUGAAGUUUCCAUCCCAGGGCACAGUGUUUGAUUAUUACUUUGAUCCAGAGACGAGGAAGUUCCUGCCCUGGGUGGAUAAGGUCCCAAGUCCUGAUAUGGAUCCAGAUGCAUCUCUGCAGGCAAUCUUUGUUCACACAUCUGAGACUGCACAUCUCAAAUAUUUUAUUGAUUUAGUCUUAACAAAAGGCAAACCAGUCAUGCUUGUUGGAAAUGCCGGAGUAGGAAAAACAGCGUUUGUAGGCGAUAGGCUUGCUGCUGUCUCUGAAGACUACCUCCUGGCUGACAUCUUUUUCAACUACUACACAACAUCAGCAGUGCUUCAGAGAGUUCAUGAACUAAAUGUUUGAAAAAAAGCUGGUCAUAACUAUGGUCCAGUAGGAAAUAAGAAACGUUUGAAUAUGCCUGAAGUGGAUAGAUAUGGAACAGUUCAACCUCACGCAUUGAUUUGGCAGCAUAUAGAUUAUGGACAUUGGUACGAUAGGCAGAAGCUAACUGUUAAAGAAAUUCAUAAUUGUCAGUAUAUUGCCUGUAUGAAUCCAACGGCUGGCAGCUUCACUGUCAACCCUAGGCUCCAGAGAUGUUUUACAGUGUUUGCUUUGAACUGCCCUUCUUCAGAGUCCCUGACUACCAUCUAUAGCAAGAUAGUUUUGUUCCACUUCCAACAACAUACUUUUACUCUAUCAGUAAUCAAGAAUAUUCCAGCCAUAGUACAAGCAGCCAUAUGGCUUCACCAAGCAGUGAUUCCAUACUUUCCACCAACUGCUAUUAAGUUCCACUAUAUCUUUAACAUGAGUAACCUCUCCAACGUCUUCCAGGGCAUUCUGUUUGCUACACCCGAGUGUUUACAACAACCAAAUGAUCUUCAACGUCUUUGGCUUCAUGAAUCAGCUCGUGCCUAUGGGGAUAAAUUGGUGGAAAACAAAGACUGCAAUUUCUUUCAUAAAAUGUUGAUAGGCACUAUGCACAAGUAUUUUGAGAAUGGGGAAGACCAAGUGUUGCUGCAAUCUCCGCUCAUUGAUUGCCAUUUUGCAAACGGCAGAGCAGACUCUUGCUACAAGCCAGUGAAAGGGUGGGAACCACUGAGGAGUAUACUUGAGGAGUUCCUUGAAAGCUACAAUGAAAUGCAUGCUUCUAUGAACCUAGGCUUAUUUGAGGGUGCCAUGCAGCACGUGUGCCGAAUCAGUCAUAUCCUAGAAGCCCCUAGGGGUUAUGCACUUCUGAUUGGAGUAGAUGGUAGUGCUAAACAAAGCUUGUCGAGGCUGGCAGCAUACAUCUGCUCCCUGGAGAUUUUCCAAAUCACACUGAAAAAAGACUACGGGAUCCAGGACCUGAGGGUAGAUCCUGCCAGUUUGUACAUCAAAACUGGUGCCAAGAACAUGCCCACAGUGUUUUUGCUGACAGAUGCCCAGGUUCUAGAUGAAUGCUCUCUUGUGCAGAUUAAUGACUUGUUGGAAUCAGGAGAGAUCCCAGAUCUGUUGAAUGAUGAAGACGUGGAGGGCAUAGUUACAGGAGUUAGAAAAGAAGUCUGAGCCCUAGGCCUGAUGGACACCAGAGAAAGCUGCCGGAGGUUCUUUUUGAGUAGAGUGCGGCUACAGUUAAAAAUCAUUCUGUGUUUCUCUCCCGCCGGUGCCACACUGCGAGCGCGAGCUCGGAAGUUCCCAGCCAUAGUUAACUGCACCACUAUUGACUGGUUUCAGGAGUGGCCACGGGAGGCCCUGCGCUCCGUCAGCAGGAGGCUCAUUGAGGAAGCCCAGGGGGUCGAG